GUUGGAUUAUUUUGGUCUACAAGCCAAAUAUCAUAAGCCAUUAAGCCCAACUCGGUCGGCUAGGCACAUCUGAGAAUGUUCUCUGUAUAGCGAAAACUGCAAAGCUGAAGAGAAAGUGAAAGAGAAACGCGGAAUCUAUGACGACCCGUAUUGCUCCAGGUGUAGGGGCCAACCUUCUCGGCCAACACUCCGCCGAGCGCAACCAAGACGCCACCGCGUACGUCGGCAAUCUUGAUCCUCAGGUUUCAGAAGAAUUAUUAUGGGAGCUGUUUGUUCAAGCUGGCCCAGUUGUUAAUGUAUAUGUCCCCAAGGAUAGGGUCACUAAUGCUCAUCAAGGAUAUGGCUUUGCAGAGUUUCGAAGUGAAGAAGAUGCUGACUAUGCAAUAAAGGUGUUAAAUAUGAUCAAGCUGUAUGGGAAACCGAUACGAGUUAAUAAGGCCUCACAAGAUAAGAAGAGUGUUGACGUUGGUGCUAACCUGUUUGUUGGGAACCUUGAUCCUGAUGUAGAUGAGAAGCUUCUGUACGAUACAUUCAGUGCUUUUGGAGUAAUAGUUUCAAACCCGAAGAUAAUGAGGGAUCCUGAGACUGGAAAUUCUCGAGGUUUUGGUUUUAUUAGCUAUGAUUCGUUUGAGGCAUCUGAUGCAGCCAUUGAGUCGAUGACCGGCCAAUAUCUUUGCAACCGUCAGAUCACUGUUUCGUAUGCCUAUAAGAAAGAUACAAAGGGAGAACGUCAUGGCACACCAGCAGAGAGAGUUUUAGCUUCAAGUAAUCCCACCACCCAGAAGAAUAGACCCCACACCCUCUUUGCUAGUGGACCUCCAACGCUCCCCCCAACCGGACAAGCUAAUGGUACGGUUGUGGCCCCACCUCCUCCGGCAAUGCGUCCUCCACCACCUAUUCCGGCAAUGCGUCCUCCACCUCACAUGCAGCCUCCCAAUAUGUACCAUCAGCCAAUGCAAAUGGCUCCACCACCACAGUCAUGGCAGCAGGGUCAGCAUGCGCCACAACCAGGCAUGGCUGGGAUUCCACAUCACCAAAUGCAGCAAUUCGGAAACAUGGGACCGCCACCUCAAAUGGCUCCACCACUUAACAGGCCCCCGCCACCACCUAUGGGUGCGCCUCCUCUAUGGCGACCACCACCUCCUCCACAGCAGCUUGGUGGUGGACCCCAUUCAUAUCCUCAAAUGUCAAUGCCGCCGCCACCCCAAAACUAAUUCAUCCUUGGGGUCUACAAUUUGCGGAUUAUCAGCAGAGGAAAUUGAUCGGGAACUAUUCAUCUUCCAUUUAUCCAGCCUGGUUUACACCCGGAAAAGCUGACCCGCUAUAUUACUUCUCUGAAACGUCCCACCAGAUGAAUGUGAUAUUUUCAUUUCGUCUGACUUAAUCCGAGUUUAGUUUAUGGUCCCAAUGGGUUUGCAACUUACUGAUAAUAUCUGCCGUUAUUGAUAGGUUGUAUUGUAUUAAAUGCUUUCUUGGUUUUAUUGGGUCACAAAUAAUUCUAUUGUGGCGAUAGCUUGGAUAAUAUUGUGCUCGGUAGUUUUUUCUUUUGAAAGGCAUCACGUAUCUAGAGGAACUUUAACAUUUAAAGAAAUCCAAAUCAAUUAAAUACAAACCAUAAAUUG